AUGUGGAGGCAAGUUGUGCUCUACUUCAGGACUCACAGCUACCAUGCAGACAACUGUCAGGCAAAGGAGAACCUCCAAAAUGAAGAUGAAGCAGAUAUUAAAGCUGCACAAUGGAUUUUCAAGCAACCCAUGGGAUCAGAGAGGACGGAGAUCCGCAAACGGCAGAUGGCUGCGACCCCGGAGAGCCCAGGUGCUGCACAGGCUCAGCUCAGCACAGGAAAUCGAGGCUCCAAUGCCUGCUGCUUUUGUUGGUGCUGCUGCUGCAGCUGCUCAUGUCUUACUGUUAGAAAUCAAGAAGAAGAGAGAGCAAGGAGAACAUCUCAUGAACUCCAAGCAGAGGGUAUUCCAAACUGUGAGGAAAGCCCUGCUCCCACUCUUGAAGAAGUAAAUGCUUGGGCUCAAUCAUUUGACAAGUUGAUGCUUACUCCAGCUGGCAGAAAUGCUUUUCGUGAAUUUUUGCGAACAGAAUUCAGCGAGGAAAACAUGCUUUUCUGGAUGGCCUGUGAGGAACUAAAACAAGAAUCCAACAAAAGCGUCAUUGAAGAAAAAGCAAGACUAAUUUAUGAAGAUUAUAUUUCUAUCCUUUCUCCGAAGGAGGUCAGUCUGGACUCCAGAGUAAGAGAAGUUAUUAACCGAAAUAUGCUGGAACCCUCACAACACACCUUUGAUGAUGCACAGCUUCAAAUUUAUACCUUAAUGCACAGAGACUCUUACCCACGGUUUAUGAACUCUGCUAUUUAUAAGGACUUGCUUCAGUCCUUGUCUGAAAAAUCCAUUGAAGCAUAGAAUUUUUUCUUAAAUGUAUUUAUUUUAAAACAGACAGGACUCUGGGCUACAGAAAUCCACAGGGAAUUUAGAAUUAAUCAGAUAUUUACCUGAAAAUAACUCAGGCAAGUUUUACUACAGACUGAAUAAUUUAAAUCCGCACAAAGCUCUGACACAAUCAGCUACGUACAGUUUCUGAUUAAAUUUAGUAUUACUUUGCAAAAGGAAAUUAAGAGAAUGAAGAAGAAACAUCGUUCAAAAAAUGCAGUAUUUUUCAAACACAGCAGACAAUUUAGACACAAAGCUAUUACAACUUAUGUCUGAGGUACAAAUACCAACUGAGCAUGAAACUGAUUUUUAAGUGGAAUGUUAGAAUUUUCUUGAGAAUCAAACCAGUUGCCCCAUCCACACUGUGACCAAAGUAAAAAUAUUAGUCAAUACUGUGUUACUCUAGGCAGUGCCAUCACACCUAGCAUAGGUACACUCCACUUGUUUUGGUAUAUUUAAUGCAUAAAUGGUGCACUAAUGGAAAUUGGCAUGGAAAUCUCAAGUUUAUGAAAGUUACUGAUUGAAAUAAUGCUGCUUAUAAAAAAAAAUCUUUUCUGAAGAAUUGUUAUUUUAGUAUUAGAAUCUGCUGAAAGCAUUAAGUUCCCUUUAUUAAAGUUCAUAAAGUUAAAUUAUUUAUUUCAGAGGAAGACAAGUCUGGGCAUUCAAAUUCCAAAAUAAAGCACAAGAAUUCUCA